AUGCAUAAGCGCUGUUACUACAUUGUAAUAGAUAACUGCGGAUUAUUGCAACGAAUCCCUCUGAACAAUUCCCCACAGAAUACAUUUCGUCAGCUGAAUAAAGGUGACCAUGAAGCACAAGCACUACAUGUGCCGUCGCCACAGCACGAAAUGAGCGAAGGUAACCUGGAGAAUUCAACCAAUUUAUGGGCUGGUAUGCACCACAGUUACUGUCAACCACCCCUUUGGGAGUGUUGCACUAAACUAGUUGAACAACAUAGAGAUGUUCCCAUGACAGCGGCUACAGGUUUGUCAGGCGAGGUGGUUCCAACAGACGUGCUCAACACAAAGGUGUGGUGGAAAAAUUCGUUGUCAAUUCCAGGUUUUGCCCGAGCAUAUGUGAAUAACCAGUCAAUGCAGCUCACCCGAGCCACUGUGAAUGAGCUUUCGGCUACCUACUCAACGUUAUCCGCCUUAUCGCUUCCGGUAGGGCUGACUAGCGCUCAGCAGUACAGCUGCUCUUCCGACCGCCUGUCAACGUCACCUCUGAGGAGGUUAUCGUCACUGCAUUCGAUUUCAGUGUGCAAUCGCAUGGUUACCAAGCGCAGCAAUCUCAGGAGAGCGGUGUUCAGUGUCCCUCAGCGGAGAGGCCUGGAAACAGCAUUCAGCCAACAUGCAUACAUCGCAAAACCAGACAGACAUGAGCUGGCACAGCGUCUGGGAUUAAAGGACAGUCAGGUUAAAAUUUGGUUUCAAAAUCGUCGUAUGAAGUGGCGUACGUUGCUUCAAAAAAGUCAAGGCACCGGGUUGGAAAGCACCUUCAGUUUCAAGGCAAAUGGCAGGAGCAUUAAUCGCAUUGACUCUAUUAUGUAUAGAACAGUGAAAAACAGUCAACUGAAGUUUCAGGGCUCCGUGAAGUGUAAUACAGUUAACAUUGGCUCAAAAAGGAUGAACUGCUAA